ACAAGUCUCAUGUUUGAUAUUUUCGUUUAAAAUGUCUACUGCAACAUCACUCCUCACCUCUCCUCCCAUCAUAUUCCGAUCCACCACCAUCACCACCACAGUUCCACCACGGAAUUUCAAACCCAGAAAACUCCGUCAAUCAACACCCAAAAUGUCCAUCAACAACUCCCCUCCAACUCCAAGCCCCACUCAACUUAUCACCUCCAUCACCAAACUCCUCUGGGGCAAAUCCCUCCCACCACAACUCCUCAUCUCCACCGUUCGCUCCGCCUGGUCCACCGCCUGGCACCUUAUGAUGUCCCAACUCGCUCCCUCCGACCCAUCAGGAUCAUACACCCGACCUGUUUCCCAAUUUAGAAACCCCAACCACCACCAACUUCAGCCCAAUGCCCUCCACCUCUACGCCGCCCUACCAUGCCCCUGGGCUCACCGGACACUCAUCGUUCGAGCUUUGAAGGGUCUUCAAGAUGCGAUACCCGUCUCAAUUGCUUCUCCAGGGUUAGAUGGUUCAUGGGUGUUCAACGAUAGUCCUAUCCCAAAUGGGGAUAAGCUUAUCCCCACUCAGGAUAAGGUUAACGGCGCUAAAACUGUCAGAGAAGUUUACAAAAUGCGGCGAGGAGGGUACGACGGCCGGUGCACCGUUCCCAUGCUUUGGGAUGUUGAGAAGAAAGAGGUUGUUUGUAAUGAGAGCUAUGACAUAAUUGAAUUGUUGAAUUCGGGUUUAAACGAGGUAGCUCGGAAUCCAGAUUUGGACCUGUCACCGCCGGAGCUCAAGAAACAGAUUGAUGAAUGGAACAAGAUCAUAUAUCCAAGUAUCAACAAUGGCGUUUACAGAUGCGGGUUUGCACAAAGUCAAGAAGCAUAUGACACUGCUGUUAACGAGUUAUUUAAUGCUUUAAACACUGUAGAUGAUCAUCUAAAAGGUUCACGAUACUUAUGUGGGGAUAAUCUUACACUAGCAGAUGUAUGCUUGUUUACUACUUUGAUACGAUUUGAUCUUGUGUACAAUGUCAUGUUCAAAUGUACAAAGAAGAAGGUGGUUGAAUAUCCGAGUCUCCAUGGUUACAUGCAAGAUAUCUAUCAGAUUUCUGGUGUUGCAGAGACGUGCAAUCUGGAAGCAAUGAUGGAUGGUUACUAUAAGUUCUUGUUCCCAUUGAAUCCAGGAAACAUUAGACCCAUCAUGCCCUCUAAUUCUGACAAUCACUCCCUCUCACAAACUCACAAUAGGGAAUCGCUGUCUGCUUCAUCACAAAGUGUACAGGUACAUCUGAGCCCAAGGGCAAGGGCAAGGCCUGAUGGCGCGAUGUGUUUUAUUAACUAA